GGCUGGCGAGUCAGGAGCGGCGCGGCGGCGGUCGGCAACCAGCAGCCAGAGCUCGGCGCCAGACACCUCGGGCCUCCCAGCCAGCCCCGCGGCGGGGCAGCCGCAGGAGCCCUGGCUGUGGCCAGGGGGCAGUGGGCCAUGCCGGGGGCAGUGGACGGCCCCAGCUGGAAGCAGGUGGAGGACAUUAGGGACAUUUACGACUUCCGUGAUGUUCUGGGAACGGGGGCCUUCUCAGAGGUAAUCCUGGCAGAAGAUAAGAGAACACACAAGCUGGUGGCCAUCAAAUGCAUCGCCAAGAAGGCUCUGGAGGGCAAGGAGGGGAGCAUGGAGAAUGAGAUCGCUGUCCUGCACAAGAUCAAGCACCCCAACAUUGUAGCCCUGAAUGACAUCUAUGAGAGUGGGGGUCACCUCUACCUCAUCAUGCAGCUGGUGUCCGGCGGGGAGCUGUUUGACCGCAUUGUGGAGAAAGGCUUCUACACGGAGCGGGAUGCCAGCCGCCUCAUCUUCCAGGUGCUGGAUGCCGUCAAGUACCUACAUGAUCUGGGCAUUGUACACAGAGACCUCAAGCCAGAGAAUCUGUUGUACUACAGCCUGGAUGAAGACUCCAAGAUCAUGAUCUCCGAUUUCGGUCUCUCCAAGAUGGAGGACCCUGGCAGUGUGCUCUCCACAGCCUGUGGAACCCCGGGAUACGUGGCCCCUGAGGUCCUGGCCCAGAAGCCCUACAGCAAGGCCGUGGAUUGCUGGUCCAUUGGGGUCAUCGCCUACAUUCUGCUCUGCGGUUACCCCCCCUUCUAUGACGAGAAUGAUGCCAAACUCUUUGAACAGAUUUUGAAGGCCGAGUACGAGUUUGACUCUCCUUACUGGGACGACAUCUCUGACUCUGCCAAAGACUUCAUCCGACACUUGAUGGAGAAAGAUCCAGAAAAAAGGUUCACCUGUGAACAAGCCUUGCAGCACCCAUGGAUUGCAGGAGAUACGGCUCUAGAUAAGAAUAUUCACCAGUCAGUGAGCGAGCAGAUCAAGAAGAACUUUGCCAAGAGCAAAUGGAAGCAAGCGUUCAAUGCCACGGCCGUGGUGCGGCACAUGAGGAAGCUCCAGCUGGGCACCAGCCAGGAGGGGCAAGGACCAACAGCGAGCCACGGGGAGCUGCUGACACCGGCAGCUGGGGGUGAGGACCUGUCCUCUGUGGAAGGGCGUGAGUGGUCCAUGAAGAGGCAGCCAGGCUGGAGUGAUGGUCUGCUAUGGCCAACUCGGUUCUCUCUCCCCAUGUAGGGCCUGCGGCUGGCUGCUGCUGUCGAGACGGCUGCGUGGAGCCAGGCCCGGAACUGUCCCCUACAUUGCCCCCACAGCUCUAGGGCCCCAGAUCCAGGAUCCAAACCCCUUGUGUGGGAGGCACUGGGGCAGCCUGCUCCCCUUCCCUCCCUGAAUUUGAGAGUUACUCUGCCCUGCCACCUCCCCACCCCUUUCCCUAUCACUCCUCCACUGCAUUUUCCAUACAAAUGUUUCUAUUUUAUUGUUCUUUCUUGUAAUAAAGGGAAGAGAUAAAAA